AUGCCGCCGGGUUCCAACGAUAAAUCUCAACAUCAGCAGUCAAUGGGGUCUGGUUUCCCAGGCUCCAAUCUGUAUCCCAACUCCAACAUUUGGACUGCUUCCCUAUCCAACGCCAGAGAGCGCUCCAUCGGCAGCAAAGAAACCGAAGGUAGUCCUUCCGGUUCCAGCGCCCUUGCUGCUAACUCGGAGGCUGAUGUUUGGGGAGCAUCAGGCCCUUGGAAGACAGAACACCCUGCUCGAUCAGUUAGCACCUCUCCGAACAGAACCCGCGAUGCUGCCAUCUCGAACGGCGCCGCUUACUUUGACCAUCCUCCAACCGCGAUCGGUGUGAAGAAGGGCAGCUUUGGCGGUGGUCACACCCUCCCUGGCGAUGCUGCCGCAUAUUCCUCUACCUCUGCCUUUACAUCACAGAAACUGCCCGGUAUGGAUGCCUUAUACAUGGAAGCGCUUGCCCAGUUUCCGGGGGUUCAGUCAGUCUCUCGUGAAGCCGGCAUCCCUCCUUCACGGCAAUCUCAAGGCUCGCCUGCCUUCCAACACGACGUAUACCGUGGUCAUACGCCAAGCAAUUCCAUCCACUCGCAACGGGCCAUUGGUAACCACGCACCAUCUUAUUCAAGCCAGAGCGCAAACCAAAGGGCCUUCAACCUGAACAAGCAACUCGAUGACGAGCUGGCCUACCAAACUGGACGUCGGCUGGCUUUGGACAAUGCUAGUAGUAGUUCAAACACUUUCAACCCGACAUCGCAACCAUUUCAGUUCAACCCUGGAUCACAGUCCUGGAUGACUGAAUCUUCCAGCUCUCGAUAUGACAGUGGUAUGGAUACGGACACCAUGGCUGCACAGUACAUUAAGAGGGGGUCUAUUGACAGGAUUUCUGGCUCCCCGGCUUUCCGCUUGGAGAGUGGCAACAGCCCUCGCAACUAUACUGUAAAUCCCGAUGCCUUCCCAGCCAGGCCAUCAUCCCGGGACCACCGAUCCAACGAAACAGAGAGACGAAGUGUUCCCGCGCAACAUUUCAACGGCGGGUUCGCACCCUCGUUUUAUCCUGGCCAAUACACAUUUGCCAACUUGCCUCCCCAAUACGCACCCAGCUAUAUUGACCCAUAUACGCAAAACUUCCGCAACGCCAUGAUGUCUGGCUACGGCAUUCAUCCCGUCCCUUCAGCAUAUUCCCUCGCCGCCAAUCUGCCUCCCGUCCGACCCUCGAGAGAUCAGGAUCCUGGCAAAGGUGUUCGCAGUGUGCUCUUGGAUGAAUUUCGUCUCAGCAACAAGUCGAACAAGCGAUACGAACUGAAAGAUAUAUAUAACCACGUUGUUGAGUUCAGUGGCGAUCAGCAUGGUUCGAGAUUUAUCCAGCAGAAGUUGGAGUCAGCCAACAGCGAUGAAAAAGAUCAAGUAUUCCGAGAGAUUGAGCCAAACGCUAUUCAGUUGAUGAAGGAUGUCUUUGGUAACUACGUUGUUCAAAAGUUUUUUGAACACGGCAACCAAGUACAGAAGAAAGUAUUGGCUGAGAAGAUGAAGGGUAAGGUGGUUGACCUUUCGAUGCAGGUCUAUGCUUGCCGUGUCGUUCAAAAGGCUCUCGAACAUGUGUUAGUUGAGCAACAAGCCGAAUUGACGAAGGAGCUUGAGCCAGAUAUUUUGCGUGUCAUUCGCGACCAAAAUGGCAAUCAUGUGGUCCAGAAGAUCAUUGAACUGGUCCCAAGACAGUGCAUCGAUUUCAUCAUGAACGCAGUUAGGGGCCAAGUCACCGCCCUCGCAUCUCAUACCUACGGCUGCCGCGUCAUUCAGCGCAUGCUAGAGCAUGGGACAGAGAGCGACAAGAUGGAGAUUAUGACGGAGUUGCACGCGUCUGCCCAGAUACUCAUCACGGAUCAAUAUGGCAAUUAUGUGGCACAGCAUGUCAUUCAAAACGGCAAGCCCGAAGAUCGAGCCAGGAUGAUUGACCUUGUUAUGGCUCAGCUGCUCACUCUUUCCAAACACAAGUUUGCGUCCAAUGUCGUCGAGAAGUGCAUCGAACAUGGCACAGCUGAGCAGCGAACCAGUAUUCGAGAACAGCUUACCACCGUGGGUAGCGAUGGGACCAGCCCACUUCAGCAGAUGAUGCGAGACCAAUAUGGCAAUUAUGUUAUUCAAAAACUCCUUGGUCAACUUGAGGGCAGGGAGAGGCACAUGUUGGUGGAAGAGAUCAAGCCUCAGUUUUUCGCCCUGAAGAAGAAUGGAACGUCCCGGCAGCUUCAGGCUCUAGAGAAACUUCUUGGCCUAGGAUCUGGCGGCUCGCCUUCGAAGAGUGACGCUGCAUCCGCUCAGACAGACCUGAACUCCGCUGCGGACACGCCGGCUCUCACCAACGAAACUAGCAGCCCUCAGAGCAGCAGCCCACGCAGUGCUCAUGCGAGCGCUAUUAGCAUUCCUUCUGAAGAGAGUGGAAACAAGACAUCUGACAAGCUGUCUAACAUGGUCACUCCUCAGGUGCGAGAGGAAGAAGCCUAG